CAUAAUACUUAUUUCAUAUAGAAAAUGUAAGUGGAUGGGUUAAACCCCGAACAACCAUUGUUUGGUUAAUUUAGCUAAUAACCACGCUCUAGUAGGGUUUGUUUACCUUAAGUCUUUACGCCCAAUGCCUCAGCCUCAACUUAUUGCGAGUAAAAAGGCGGGACUCAAAUCAACCAAUGGAUGCAACGAACGUCAAGCAUCUUACAGUACAGUAGCACAAGACAAGAGGCACGAAAGUGAAUGAAGAAAUGAGAGCCAUGUCUCCUGAGGAACCCUUCCAGGACUCUUUAGACGAGGAUGUAGAUGGCUUCUCAGAGCCUGGGAGAGGGAGCAGGAUACGCAGCAGCGUCUACACUAAAACCCCUGAGAUGGAGAGCAACUCUUAUGGAGACUAUGGUGCAACCGUGGACAAAAGUCCCCUGUUGAAGACAUUGAUGAAUGCCGAAGCAGCGGCCAAUUCUGCAGCCAUACAGCUCAUGUCAUUCAAGGAGACACUGGAGGACGAUUUUGCAGACUCAAGACACUCUGCUUCUGAAUACCGGUGGAUGUCAAGGCAGAGAGGCCUUCUGCUGGAGAAGUUGGAGGUUUUUAAACGGAUAAACAAGUCUGUUCGACAGCAACUCCAAGACCUGAAGGAUGCAGAGGCGUCUCGAAUGGAGACAGACAAACACAUCGAUCUCUUAAUAAAGAAGUUUACACAGGCUGAGUGUAAUAAUCUGCAUUUGAAAGGAGAUUUGAAUGAUAAAGAAAAAAUGUCUGAAGAACUGAUGGGUUUGCGGAAGAAAGAAAUGGAGAACACAGAGAAUGCGGUCCAUGCCACCAAGUCUGUGGAGACCACACGUGCUCACCUGCAGGGCCAGCUACGCAUCAGGGAGGCCGACAACAACCGUCUCACCGUGCAGCUCCGGGGUUUGGAGACGCAGUUGACGGCACAGAAGCUGGAGAUAGAUGGUCUGAGGGGGGAGAUCUCUGGUGUUUCGGAGAAGGCAGCGCAGGAGAAAGGAGUCCUGAAGAAGGCCACCCGCGCCCAGAAACAGAGGGCCCAGAGGUUCGAAGCUGCUGUGGAUAAAUGCUACACGAAGCUGAGGGAAAAAGUACGCAUGGGAUGUUCAGCUGGCUGAGGUUCAUUCAGAGAGGGACACAUGGAGGAGACAACAGGAGCAGAAGACAGAUGAGAGAAUACAGCUUGAUGCACAGAUAGGACUGCUAAAAGGCCAAAUAGCAGACAUUACUGUCAAGCUGCAGAAAGAGGGCAGAAUUUGCUGCUGCAAAUGAGGUCUUAUUGCUAAAAGUGGAAAAACUCAACGCUGAAAACAGAAACAUUGGCCUUGAGAACGCAACCCUCAAGGCAUCCAUCGCUGGGCUGGAACUGCAGCUGGUCCAAUCUGAAGCAGCACUGAAAGAGGAGAGCACUAUCUUACAGGAGAGGAAAGACCAAGCAGAACAGGAUCAGCGUCAGGUAGCAGAGCUUCAAAUGGAGGUGGAUGAUCUGAGAAUAAAGUUGGAGAGUGUUCUGAGGGAAACAGAGAACAUUAGAGAAGGAAGAGAGGCAGAAGUGGAGAAGGGGGAGAGCCAAGGGGAGAAGAUGAGAUCGUCAUUGGAAACAAAAGAGUCUAUCCACGAGGCUAACUCACAGCUACAGCAGAAAGUGGAUGCUCUUCAAAAGCAGAUGGAAGAGCUGCAAGGGGAGAAUCAGGGGCUGGUCCGUAG